AUCGCAAACUUGUUGCAGACUCAGUCUCGCCAACAUCCACAGACAGGUACCGGCACCACAUCAGGAGCUCAGGCUCCUAACAGUCCCACAGCUCAGUCAACUUCGAAUACACAGACUCAGAACCAGUCUUCGAGCACUGCCCCUACAUCACAGGCUCGAGACCAGACUGCUCCUGGUGCCCUUCCAUCAGAUCAGACUGCUUCUUCGUCUCAAUCUCGAGGCCAAGGAACAUCUACAUUCCAGGCUGGCCAAUCUUUGGGCACCUCAGGCCUCCAGGAUCCUACACCUCCUCGUGGACGCUUUUCAUUUGACCCGGCAAACUCUAGGGCUGCUCCAAACCCUUUCGACUCAAGCACAGAGGACCUCUCGAGACAUAGUGUCGGCGACAAGCGACCAGUAUCGCCUGCGGCCGAGCAAGGUGAAGCACAGAAGAUGGCUCGCACCAUUGGAAGCACGCUCGAAGAGGGUAGCAGACAGCGAAACAACACUCGGGGUGUCACUGACCCUGAGCCUUCCACGACCCGCACUCCUCCGGCACAGACCACCAACCGUAACUACAUUGAGAUCAAUGUCAGCACAAAGGAGCGUGUUAAGGACUCUUGUCUGGAUCAAGUCUUCAAGAACCUAGCUGAGGGCACUUGGAGGUCUCCUGAGGAUAUGGACGACCCCGAUCUUGAUGUAAACUCCUGGCUAGGAAAGAUCAAGGCGUGUCACACUCGUGAUGUCAAGCAGAAAUUGGCUGCGUCAGGGGAGGGUUACAACGAGGAAUCUUACCGCAGUGCCCCUCGAUGCUACGUUGGAGAGAUGCAGAAGAAGCCCUGUGUGAGUUUGGACGGAGACAAAUGGACCUGGAGUCAACAUGACGCAAACCUCACGUGUCCGGCUUGUGAGACUGCCAAUCCUGAGUUCGAUAGUCAUCAAUGCCUGAAGGUCAAGGAUCAAAACACUUUCUGGCUCUUGAAUCCCACCCCUGAUAACAUCAACACUCAGAGGGCGUGUGAUGACAAGCACAAUGCAGGUCGCCGCGGUGAUGCUGCUCCUGGAGCCUCUCGUAGUGCUCGUCCUGGCCCUGGCCCUGGCCCUGGCCCUGGUGGUCCUACUGCUGGUGGCCCUGGUGAUAGCUCUACUACCCGUAGAGGUGGCCGCCACAGAGGGUUCUCAAACGUCUCUGCUAUAUCCACUAGGACUACUCGCUCUCGCACGUCGCGUGGAGGUACUGCUGAGACUCAUGAUGAUGUACAACCUCAGACAUCUCCCAGCAAGAGCAAGCUGUCGUUCCGUAAAUUCCUUCCCCAAAAGAAGCCAAAGGAAACAAAGUCGGCGGCUGAGACAGAAGCCCGCUUCCAAGACAUGUUUGCUGUGCGUCCUGCAGAGCAGGAUGGCUCUCGUUUGCCUCGUCUACCAUACCGUCCUGUCACGUUGCCCACUUCGCACUCGGUCAAUUUCAACGCCCAAUCCAGGGAACCCUCAAAGUCUCACCAACUUCAGAGAUCCAAAUCUACCAACCUCCUGAGUAGACUGAACCCAUUGAAUUGGGGCUCCAAUGUCGCAGGUGCAGACGUGACCUCAGAGUCGAGAGUCGAAUUGUUGGCAUCAGAGCAGAACGGCGGACACGAGAAUGAACAUACCAAUGGACACGCCAACAGAGAGGCUAAUGGACAUUCCAACGGCCAUCACGACGACCACCUCAAUGGACACAACGGCACGGCCGAGAACGACACUUAUGAGACCGAUCCUUUGGGCGCUGGUCUUAUACCUAGCACUCGCACAGUUCCGCAUCGAUACACAACCCUUUGA